AUGAAAUACAUGAUUGUCAUAAUGUAUUGGAACAACUCAGGCCUGCACACAUUACAGUGUUUCUGCCUCCUUUGCCCAAAAGACAAUUUUACUUGUGUCACAGAUGGACUCUGCUUUGUCUCUGUCACAGAGACCACAGACAAAAUUAUACACAAUAGUAUGUGUAUAGCUGAAAUCGACCUAAUUCCUCGAGACAGGCCAUUUGUAUGUGCACCAUCUUCAAAAGCUGGGUCUGUUACUACAACAUACUGCUGCAAUCAGGACCACUGCAAUAAAAUAGAACUUCCAACUGUUGGAAAGCCAUCACCUGGCCUUGGUCCCGUUGAACUGGCAGCUGUCAUUGCUGGACCAGUCUGCUUCGUCUGCAUCUCACUCAUGUUGAUGGUCUAUAUCUGCCAUAACCGCACUGUCAUUCACCAUCGAGUGCCAAAUGAAGAGGACCCUUCAUUAGAUCGCCCUUUUAUUUCAGAGGGUACUACAUUAAAAGAUUUAAUUUAUGAUAUGACAACAUCAGGGUCUGGAUCAGGUUUGCCAUUGCUUGUUCAGAGAACAAUUGCAAGAACUAUUGUGUUACAAGAAAGUAUUGGCAAAGGUCGAUUUGGAGAAGUUUGGAGAGGAAAGUGGAGAGGAGAAGAAGUUGCUGUGAAAAUAUUCUCUUCUAGAGAAGAACGUUCAUGGUUCCGUGAGGCAGAGAUUUAUCAAACUGUAAUGUUACGUCAUGAAAACAUCUUGGGAUUUAUAGCAGCAGACAAUAAAGACAAUGGUACAUGGACUCAGCUCUGGCUGGUGUCAGAUUAUCAUGAGCAUGGAUCCCUUUUCGAUUAUUUGAACAGAUACACAGUUACUGUGGAAGGAAUGAUAAAACUCGCUCUGUCCACAGCAAGUGGACUUGCCCAUCUUCAUAUGGAGAUUGUUGGUACCCAAGGAAAACCAGCCAUUGCUCACAGAGAUUUGAAAUCAAAAAAUAUCUUGGUAAAGAAGAACGGAACUUGUUGUAUUGCAGACUUGGGACUGGCAGUAAGGCAUGAUUCAGCCACAGAUACAAUUGAUAUUGCUCCAAACCACAGAGUGGGAACAAAACGGUACAUGGCCCCUGAAGUUCUAGAUGAUUCCAUAAAUAUGAAACACUUUGAAUCCUUCAAGCGUGCUGACAUCUAUGCAAUGGGCUUAGUAUUCUGGGAAAUAGCUCGAAGAUGUUCCAUUGGUGGAAUUCAUGAAGAUUACCAGCUGCCUUAUUAUGAUCUUGUACCUUCUGAUCCAUCAGUUGAAGAAAUGAGAAAAGUUGUUUGUGAACAGAAGUUGAGGCCAAAUAUUCCAAACAGAUGGCAGAGCUGUGAAGCCUUGAGAGUAAUGGCUAAAAUUAUGAGAGAAUGUUGGUAUGCCAAUGGAGCAGCGAGGCUUACAGCUUUGCGGAUUAAGAAAACUUUGUCACAACUCAGUCAACAGGAAGGCAUCAAAAUGUAACUCUGCGGCUUUGCCUGAACUCUCCUUUUCUUCAGAUCUGCUCCUGGGCUCUAAUUUGGGAGGUCAAUUGUUCUACCUCACUGAGAGGGAACGGAAGGAUAUUGCUCCUUUUGCAACAGUGUAAUAGGUCAAUUUAAAACUUCCCAGGGUUUCUUUGGGCCCAGGAAUCAGCCAUGUGGGUCCUUUCUGUGCACUAUGAACUCUUCUUUCCCAGGACAGUUACAAAGUGUUGUAUAGUCUACCUUUAUUUUUUAUUAAUACAAAACUUUUUGUUUUUUAAAGCUAAAAUUGCUGGUCUUAACGUUAGGUAACUCUGCUGUGCUGAAGAUCAUUGUUAAGGGUAAAGGAGCUGGAUUGCUGAGUUAUCCGAAGCAUUUCUUAUUUUUAAAGAAAGAAUUUACUCCUGGUUAGUACAUUCUCAGAGGAUUCUGAACCACUAAAGAGUUUUCUUGAUUCAGACGUUGAAUGUACUAUUCUGUAAAUUUCAGGAUCUUAAAACUAACACUUAAAAAACUCUUAGCUUGAGUCUAAAAAUGACCUCAUAUAGUAGUGAAGAACAUAAUUUAUGCAGUUUUAUUUUGUAUACUAUUAUCGUUCUUUCACAUAUUCAGAAUAUUACAUGCCUUCAAAUGGGAUUGUACUAUACCAGUAAGUGCCACUUCUGUGUCUUUGUAAUGGAAAUGAGUGGAAUUGCUUAAAGUCUGUGCGUGUUAAAACCUGUAGUGUUUCAAUUCAGAUAGUUUAUCUGGGUAAACCAGACAUCUUCUCUUUUGCUUUUUUUUUUUGGAGAGUUUUUCUGAUGUCAUUUUGUAUUCCAGUUUGAAAAUGCCUUUCUCCUACCAGAAUGUGCUUAAACCACUAAAGAAGUGAAGUGGCAUUAAUUGGUAAAUUGUUAUCAUGGUCAUGUUGGAUAGUCUCUCAUCAGGGUUUUGCAUUUUAGUUGUGUUGUCUAAGUAUACUUUAAAAAAUAUCAAGUGGCACUCUAGAUGCUUAUAGUACUUUAAUUUAAAAUUGGUAGCAUACAGACUAAUUUUUCUAAAAAGGAAAAUUUGUCUAGCUGCUUGUGGAAAGUUGUGUGGCAUUCUGUAAGCCAUUUUGUUCUUUAUGUGAUCAAAGACAGUGUUAUUUUUUUAAGAAAUGAAUUACGUUUAAAGUUAGAAUAUGGUUAAUGUUAAAUGAUAGGCCUUUUUCUAGGAAGGUAAAGGUAGUUAAUUGAGUAGAUAACAGGUGUGCGAGAGAGUCACAUUUGUUACGUAGGAGUCACUGGUGGGUUUUCUGUCUGUAACUGAGGUUAGAGUUAGUGUGGUUUUGAGGUGUCACUACAUUUUGAGGAAGGCAGCUUUUAAUUCAGUCUUUCCUUCUGUGUGCAGAUAUUUUAACUGCUUAAUUUACAUGGCUCUGUAAUAAAUUCAGCACACUCGUGGUAUUUGGGAGAGUGGUAGCUAAAGCGUAUUCUGAGUAUAGGUUCUCCAUUUACAAAUGUUUUUGGUCAAAUUGAAUGUUUACAAUAAACUGGUCAUGGUCUUCUCACAUUAAGUUGAAACUAGCUUAUAACAACUGGUUUUACUUCCAGUGCUAAAAGUCUUUGCAGAGCUUUUACAGUUUUUAACGUUUUCUUUAUCACUGUGAUCUUAUUCUGAGGGGCAAAACUAUUUAGCUGUGAGGCAGACACUGACUUUAUGGUGCCGUCGAUUUCCCAGUGAAAGAGUUAGAAUAACCUUUACAGUAUUCAGGUCAGUAAGAGGUAGUGGCCAUUGACGCUGACUAAACUGCAUUCUGAUAAUGUCUUAUCUCUUAUACAUAGACUAAGUUUGAAAGACUAUUUGGUCUUAAAACCAAAGUAAUUUUAGAAAAAAUGACAUUACACAGGAAUUUAGUGUCAAUUUCAUGUGUUUAAAAAUGUCAUGGGGAAAUGUCCUUAGAAGUUAAUAUUUUGACUCCAAUAUUUUGAAUUAUUUUUGUAGUUUCCGUAAUUUCAUUAAAGUAGAUAUAUGAGUUUGACAGGUUUGUUUUUAUAAUUGUGUUAUAUUUCCUGUUUAAUAAUCUCUAGCUCUGUGAUUAGGCACUCUUCCCCCCCCUGCCAUUUCUAAACCUACCAGAUCUGCUUUAUGAAAUCCAGGGGACCAAUGUAUUUUAUCACAAACUAUUUUUAUAUAAUUUUAAGAACCUACCAAAAGUUCUUGUCUGAUUUAAAGUUGUGACAUGUGAUUGCUCACUUUCAUACAAGGUAAUCGAAUUUUGUUGAUUAUAUUGUUUAUGAAAUCAAAGAUUGAGUUACAAUUAUACUUUUCUUAAGUUGAUAAAAUGUAUUUUUGAUGAGUCAGGGAAUUUUUUUAAAGUUGAAAUUUAGUUCUAAAUUUUAUUUACAUAUUGCAGCUAGUUCCUUGUUUGGCUAAUGACAGUUUGAUAAACCUCAAUUGGCUAAUAUUGAAAAUGAAAGUAAUUUAAAAAAUGAAACAGAUCAUCUGCAGUUAAGUUUGACUAGAGUAUUAAUUUUGUCGUUUAGAAACUUAAGCCUUUGUUUAUACUGCCUGUCUUCAGAUGCUCACCUUCUAAGAUUCAACUUGGCUAAUAUAUACCUUCAGGCAAAUUACCUGUCCACAUCCAUUUUGUCAGUACCCUGGAGGAAUGAGGAUGGGGAGGUAUGGCCUAUGGGGGCACAGACACUCAUGGUCCUUCCUUUUAUAACUUCAGCUCUGUUUCUUUCAACCUGCCUUCCUGCUGAUCCCUGACUCAGAGACCAUAACCUUGCCAACCUUCCCCUUCCCCUUCCCCUUCCCCAGCAGCCUUUCCAAUAAAUAGCUGACUUUGAUAUCUAUCGUGAUAUCUAAAAUGGUUGUGGAAGUUGUGGGACAUACUUUCAUUUUUCAUUUCCUUGAAUAUUGGAUGUUACUGAGAAGGGUCUCCAAGUUGGAGAUCGGGCAGAUGAUGGUCCUGCUGGCUGCCCUACUUUGACUUCAGCCUUGGCCAGCGAGUGGCAGCUAUGGCAGUGGGAGAUAUGCCGGAAGCCGUGGCCAAUUGUAUUCCCUAUAGGACAGGGGGAAGCCCAAAGAGCUGAGCCUAUAAUUCUACUGUAAUAAUAGUGCUCAAGAAGUGCCUUGAGUUGGUAUAGAGUGCCAUGCCAUCAAGAAUUCCAAAUUUCAGUUCUUACUACAAAUGUAACUGGUCACUUGGCCACUUUGCAGCUUAUGCAUGAGUUACCUUUUAUUUUUCUCUACAUCUGAGAACUGUCACAUAGAAUAUUCUGUAAAACAUGAUGGCAAAGUGCUAAUUAAAAUGCAUAACAAAAUCAGUAUCCCAUUGGACAUGUCACAUCAAGAGUUAAUUUUUAUCCUCACACUGAAAGAGCAAUUGUAAGUCACCUGUUUUUUGUUUCUUGAUUGUGGCGGUGUUUUGGCUCCAGAUAAUAGAGAUUCCAAAUUAUGAUUCUGUUACAACUUGGCAAAAAAUGCCAAUUCACAUAUUUUUGAGAUCUUAGGGAUAGCUCUGGACAUGUAGUACAGCUUCUUAUGUCUGUUUUGGAACACUGGGUUAGCCAUGGCCCUCUCUCUAGGAAUGCUGGACUUCUAGGACGUUGAGGAUUGUCAGUACAUUCAAAGUUUUCCAUCCCGUUAUGCAAUCUUAUUUUUAAUUGUAAACUUUAAAAAUGUGGUUAAUAACAUUCAACCUGUUUCUUAAAGCUUAAAAAGAACUUCAUUGAAUUUAUUUUUAUUUUUUUAACUAGAUUUGUGAAUGAAUAUGAUGAACUGUGUUUUGAUAAUCCCUUUUUCACAUUGUGCCAAUGGAAUGGGGUGUUUGCUAUUUCUUUAUAUGUCAAGGAGAUGCUUCAAAAUGUCAAUUGCUUUAAACUUAAAUUACCUCUCAAGAGACCAAGGUACAUUUACCUCAUUGUAUAUAUAUGUUUAAAUAUUUGUCAGAGCAUUCUCCAGGUUUGCAGUUUUAUUUCUAUAAAGCGUGAGUAUUAUGUUGUUACAUUACUCAAAUGGUACUGUAUUGUUUAUAUUUGUACCCCAAAUAACAUCUUACUUUCUGUUUUCUGUAUUUUAUUGUAUUUGUGUAAAAUCCUUUUGGCUUUUAUCAUGUAAUCUCUGCUCUUUCAGAUGUGUACAGAAAAUGUCCAUAUAAAUUUUCCUUUAAGUUGAAUGAUUUUGAGAAACCUGUAAAGAGGAGAGAAAAACAAAAACUGCAGUUCCUCAUAAGUUUUUAAAGUAUGUAUAUUGUAUUUGUAGUAAUAUUCUGAAUGAACUGUAAAUAGGAAGUAGAAGAGUGAUACUUAAUGUCAAGUCCUAACACUACAGUAGAACAAUGGAAACAAUGCAAAUAAAUUACUUUUCCCCCAAGUAA